UGCAUCUAAGUUGCUGGUGCCGGGAUUCCUUCUUUCUACCAUUGGAUUUAUAUGAUCCUCGAGCGCGGCGCACCGGAUCCUGGUGCCGUCCUCCUCUACACUGAUUGACAGGCGCUACUGUCCUUGUCACUCUGAGACGUUCCAGCAUUGCCCAUCACGCUGCCCCCGUUGGCUUGUCUUCUUCCCAUAGUGGACCCCCCCAGAAAGGGCUGAAAAGCCACCAACACCUCCGCCAACACCAUGUCUUACCAGAAGGAGCUGGAGAAGUAUCGGGACAUAGACGAAGAUGAGAUCAUGCGGGCGAUGUCCGCUGAGGAGUUGGCCCAGCUGGACAUAGAGCUACAAGAGAUGGACCCCGAGAACAUCCUUCUCCCAGCCGGGUUACGCCAAAAAGACCAAACCAAGAAGACGGCCACUGGCCCCCUGGACAGAGAUGCCCUCUUACAACAUCUGGAGAAGGAGGCCUUGGAUUCAAAGGAGCGAGAAGACCUUGUCCCGUUCACCGGGGAGAAGAAGGGAAAACCCUUUAUCCCCAAAAAUCCCAAGAGGGAGAUCCCUAAAGAGGAGCAGAUCACAUUAGAGCCAGAGCUGGAGGAAGCCUUGGCCAAUGCCACCGACGCUGAGAUGUGCGACAUUGCAGCCAUCUUGGGGAUGUAUACCCUGAUGAGUAACAAGCAGUAUUAUGAUGCCAUUACUUCAGGAAUCAUUAUGAAUAAGGAGGGCAUCAACAGUGUUGUACAACCAGACAAAUACAAACCUGUCCCGGACGAGCCCCCAAAUCCAACAAAUGUGGAAGAAACCCUGCAGAAAAUAAAAAGCAAUGCAUCAGACCUGGUGGAAGUUAAUCUUAAUAAUAUCCAUGACAUUCCCAUUCCUACACUAAAGGAGGUCUGUGAAGCUCUGAAAACCAACACACACGUAAAGAAACUGAGUUUAGUAGCUACGCGCAGCAAUGAUCCUGUCGCUUACGCCGUGGCUGAAAUGAUUAAGGAAAAUAAGACUCUCGAGACCUUAAAUAUUGAGUCCAACUUUAUCUCCAGUGCAGGAAUGUUGGCCGUAAUUCAAGCCAUGAAGAAUAACUCUACACUGACUGAUCUCAAGGUGGAUAACCAGCACCAGAAUCUUGGAGACACGGUAGAGAUGGAGAUGGCCUCCAUGCUGGAGAAUUGUCCUUCUGUUGUCCGCUUUGGGUACCAUUUUACACAGCAGGGACCAAGGGCCCGAGCCUCAAACGCCAUCACGAGGAAUCUGGAAACUCGUCGUAAGAAGAAGAAGAACGUCCAGUGAACCCAGUUGAUGUGUCCCAAGACUUUUGUUUUUGAAGUCCAUCCCCUGUAGGUGUCUAUGUCCCUGGGGACUUCAUCUGUAUACAUAACAUCUGUGCAUCUCCUUCUGUUCUCCCUCACGUAUGUAUCCCCUGUCGUCCCCCCCAUUGUUCCUCCAUGUUUCUCAUUAUUCUUAUGACCUCCUGCCUCGGUAACACUGCCAUCGAUUGUCUUAAAGUUUACGCAACAUUUACCAAAGUAUCGGAAAGAAGCCAUUUUGGGAGUGUGACCGUCCAGUCUGUAGGUUUGUUAGAAACUCCCAGGAAGUGUCUUAAGGUGCCCAUUCGUGUCUUGGUGGAUUUAGGUCUCUCUAUAGCAGUGGUCUCCAACCUGGGGACCUCCAGAUGUUGCAAAACUACAACUCCCAGCAUGCCCGGACAGCCAACGGCUGUCGACGGGUUUCGGACAUUUUAUCAAUCCUUAAUCAUGGUUGAUAUUGGUUUUUGUUUGGGCUGGAUGACAUUAUUGCUCAUAGUGAUUGGGUUAGGGCUGAUCAUUGGAGAUCCCAGAGGUUGAACAAAUCAAACAUUUAUCUAAGGCAGUGUUUCCCAACCAGGGUGCCUCCAGCUGUUGCCAAACUACAACUCCCAGCAUGCCCGGACAGCCAACGGCUGUCCGGGCAUGCUGGGAGUUGUAGUUUUGCAACAUCUGGAGGUCCGCAGGUUGGAGACUACUGCUCUAUAGGAUUCUCCCUCCUUUUGAUCAGAUUAUACAAUCCCUGGGGUGAAUAUCAUUACGACCAAUGCCGACAUCUUGCAGUGUAGGGGUACUCCGGCGGAAAACUUUUUUUUAUUUUUAUUUUUUUUAAAUCAGCCGGUGCCAGAAAGUUAAACAGAUUUGUAAAUUACUUCUA